AUGUCGACGCCGAGUGCCGACUCUGGCAGCCCUAAGGCCGCUGAGACACUUGACAUUGAGCGCCAGGGGGCUCCAGUGCCAGCGCACUACGUAAAACCAAAGACACUUGGUGCCGGUUCAGCUCUGGCCCUCGGCGCCUUCGGUACAACCUUGACGACCCUUUCACUAGCCCUGAUGGAAUGGCGCAGCGUCAAAACGACGAACGCCUUUGUCGCGAACUUUUUCUUCAUCGCCGCCUUCGGACUGGUGGUUACUGCGCAGUGGGAGCUGAGUAUCGGAAAUGGGUUCGCGUACACGGUGUUCAGCGCAUUUGGUCUCUUCUACGCCGGCUACGGCGCCCUCCUAACACCCGCGUUUGGGGUGGCGCAAGCCUACGGGGGCAUAGAUACAGUGGAGUACAAUAACGCCGUUGGCUUCUUCAUGAUCUUGUGGACCGUGUUCGUGUUUACUUUCCUAAUUGCUUCGCUGCCGAGCAACAUUGCAUACAUUCUGGUGUUCCUCUUUGUCGAUCUGGGGUUCUUGACAGUCGCUGCAAGUUACUUUGCUCUGGCUGACGGGCAUGCUGAGUCGGCGAUUGCCUUGCAAAAGGCCGGGGGUGCGUUCUGCUUCGUGGCGGGUCUAAUCGGGUGGUACAUUGUCUUUCAUUUGCUGCUGCAGGACUCGCUGCUGGAUUUGCCGUUGGGAGAUACGAGUAGGUUCUUUGGGAAAAGGAAGGAGAAGGGCGUGUAG